AACGCAGUGCAACCAGUAUAAACACAGCCGGCGAGAGAAGGAAAGGACACUUCUACCUCUUGCAUUCAUGGAAGGAACAACGAAACACUUAGUGGAGAAGGUGGGCGAGCUCUCGGGGAACUACUCGCAGGAAAUAACAUUAAAAUGGUCUACACUCAAGCACUGGUGUUCGGUAACGGGAUGUCCGUCAGGUGCGAGCAGGAAAACCUAGUGGAGGGUUUGACGUUUCGACAAUACUUCAAACCAGACAAAGAGAAACUUAAGCGCUGCGGCAGACUAAUGAAAGCACAAAGUUCAUCAAGUCUGGGAUCUGAGUGCAGUUUGGAAGAGGAAGGCGGCGAAGAUGUGUGUCUUCAGCUUGAGCUCUCCAAAAGCAUUGAGAAGUGUCUCUUUGAUGCCAAAAGGGCAAGUUUGCACUGCCAGGAGCUUCGUCUGCCCAGGCACAUGACCGCGCGUGUUGCCGGAGACAUCCUGCGCGCAUCCACGAAUGAGCCGUGCGGGAUACGUGGCGCCUUGAUCCACAUGUUCAUGGAAAACAAGGGUACACUACUGAAGCUGGGCACCGUGACACCCAAUCAGAGUCUCACACCCACCUUUGAGCUGUCGGUCAUCUUACACUCUGACCUGAAUGGAUGGCCACCGCUAAAGAUCCUCUUUCAAGGCGGGAAAGUCUUAAGCAUUAAACGAGAAUACCGGCUGAUCAAGCAAAAGCUCUACUCUUCUGAAACUCCUACUGUACUGGAAUUUUAUUAAGACUGAUUGACAUGGGGGGGGGGGGGUAAAAGAAAUAAGGAAAACGACAACGGACUGCUACAAAAUUCAUAGGAAAGUUAGUUAGUCUUGCACUGUAUUUCUCCCCGUUACAUUUAUUUAUUUCUGAGUGCACUGAAUGUUCUUAGCUGUCUAGAAAAACAUUAACAAAUAUUUAAGCAAUAUCACAAGCACAGGAGUAUGGAAGCACAUUUAUGCCACAAAAGAAACAUUGUGCUCUGGUAAGUCAGAAUUAUUAGAUAUUAAAAGUAAUUUUUAUGACCUAUGUGAUGUCAUGACUUUUCUCAAAAUUGUAGCUUUGUAUCUAAUAAUUGACUUUUAUAUUUAACUUACUAUAUCAUAAUUUUGACGGAUAUCAUAUAAGUCAUAAGACUUAGUUUCUUAAAAUUGUGACUUCUCAAAAUAACUUUGAAUCUAAUGAUUAUGACUUGACUUAGUAUCUCAUUAAGAUUUACCAAAGCACUUUUCAUGUUGCAGAAACAACUUCCAUACUAGUACUUUUAAACUCUUUUUUUUUUUGCUCUAUACUGAUAUUGCUCUUAAUAAAACUGUGUUGUUGCUUUUGUAUUGCUCUAUAUAAUGCCUAAAAGAUCAUUCAAAUACAUUCAAAAAGAAAAUCUUGAUUCAGAUAUUUUCCAUAUAUGAUCUUGCUUUCUAAAACUACUGAAAGUUAUUAAGUGUUACCAUAUAUUGAAUUCUGUAAAAGAAACUGUUUUUAGAUUACACCCACUGUUCUGUAUAACGAUGUUAAAUAUGACUUUGUAUUGUUUGCACUGAUAUUCAGGAGGGUUCAUAUAGGAAUCAUUCCACUACAGUAAGUUAUCUCUGUGUUUUGUAGCUUUAAAAUAAGAGGGACAUGCUGGCAUUGUCCCCCAGUAAACCAAAACUACUUAAUUAUUUGCAACACUAUUUUUUGC